AUGAAAGAAUAAAGACUUAAACUACUUCUUUUUAAUAUNAUUAAAUGUUUAGAAUAAAAUAAUUUAGACUAUCAUUGUUUAAGAUGUAGCAAGACUUCUCAUGUCGAAGAUUUUUAAAAUGAUUAUUUAGUGGAAUAUGAUAAAUUGAAAAAGGAUUAGAGAAUAAUGUAAAAUUUUGUAGUGAAUAAAAAAUAAUGUAUUAAAGAAUAUGCUUAAAAAUUAGCAAAUAAUUUAAUUAAUCAAAUAAGAAUUGAGCAAAAAGAAUAAUAUUCGAAAUAUGAAAUAGCCAUAGAAAAUAUCAAAAGUCUUCAUUAGUAAUUUGAAAUUAAUUUAUCAGUUUAAGACAAUUAAUAUUUGUUUGGAAAUUUAAUAUUAUAAUUUAUAACAACAAAGUAAGAAAAAAUUGAAUUUUAAUUCAAUUAAGUAUAAUAAAAUUUUGAAGAAAAGCUAAAAUGGUGUUGUAAAAUGGAGAAGCAAAAAUUCUUAGAAUAAUGCGGAUUUUUAGAACAGAAAUAAGACGAAAUUUUGAAACUUUAAAUUCGCUAAAAAGAAUUAAAAGAAGCAAUAGAUCAAAUGGAUUAAUUGCUAAAAAAUGCGGUUUCAGAAAAUACCUUAAAUUUGAUAUUAAGAAAUAUAGAGGAAAUAAAAAGAGAAAAAAAACGAAAUUCAAACUUAAUUCUUUGUUUGUUUUACAAUUAGGCUGUUCAGUAUUGCAAUUAUUUUUUAAUCCAAAAAAAGUUGGAAUAAGUGCAAAUAUAUGAAAGAUAUUAAAGUUAAUGA